AGUGCUCGGCGUCCAGAGAUAAUUUAUUGUGAGGGAGGGAGAAAGCGAAAGAACGGUAUAGUAGAGGAGAGAAGGUGGAAAGGAUAAGAAGGUAAUUUAUCUGAGCGCCUUGAUAGGCUGCAGUCUUUGGAAAGGGAGUGUAUUUUGUUGCAACACGGACACCGAGCGAACCGCCGCUUCUGCCACAAGUCAGCGUCUGCGACUGAACUACAGCAACCAUGUCGGAGGCAGACAAGUUCCUUUAUGGCGACCGUAAUGUUCUCAGCGACCCCCUGGCCCAGGCCGACUGGGCCUCCAAAAAGCUGGUGUGGAUCCCGUCUGAGCGGCUGGGGUUCGAGGCGGGCUCCGUUAAGGAGGAGAAGGGCGAGGAGUGCCUGGUGGAGCUGGCCGACUCUGGCAAGAAGGUGAAGGUCAACAAGGACGACAUCCAGAAGAUGAACCCGCCCAAGUUCAGCAAGGUGGAGGACAUGGCCGAGCUCACCUGCCUGAACGAGGCCUCGGUCCUGCACAACCUGAAGGACCGAUACUACUCCGGCCUCAUCUACACCUACUCUGGACUCUUCUGUGUGGUGAUCAACCCCUACAAGUACCUGCCCAUCUACAGCGAGGAGAUCGUGGAGAUGUACAAGGGCAAGAAGAGGCACGAGAUGCCCCCCCACAUCUACGCCAUCACCGACACGGCCUACCGCAGCAUGAUGCAGGAUCGGGAGGAUCAGGCCAUCCUAUGCACAGGGGAGUCGGGCGCUGGGAAGACUGAGAACACCAAGAAGGUGAUUCAGUAUCUGGCAUUUGUGGCAUCAUCCCAUAAGAUCAAGAAGGACCAGAAUGCUACAACCCUGUCACAUGGGGAGCUGGAGAAGCAGCUGCUGCAGGCUAACCCAAUCCUUGAAGCCUUUGGCAAUGCCAAGACGGUCAAGAAUGACAAUUCUUCCAGAUUUGGGAAAUUCAUCAGAAUCAACUUUGAUGUGAAUGGAUACAUCGUGGGAGCCAACAUUGAGACCUAUCUGCUGGAGAAGUCCCGUGCCAUUCGUCAGGCUAAAGAGGAGAGGGCCUUCCACAUCUUUUACUACAUGCUGACAGGGGCUGGGGACAAAUUACGCUCGGAGCUGUGUCUGGAGGACUACAAAAACUAUCGCUUCCUGUCCAACGGUAACGUGACCAUCCCGGGCCAGCAGGACAAAGACCUGUUUGUGGAGACCAUGGAUGCCAUGAAGAUCAUGAGCAUCCCAGAGGAGGAGCAGAUUGGUCUGAUGAAGGUGGUGUCAGCAGUUCUCCAGCUGGGGAACAUGAGCUUUAAGAAGGAGCGACACUCUGACCAGGCCUCCAUGCCUGAUGACACGGCCGCACAGAAGGUGUGUCACCUGAUGGGCAUGAACGUGACGGACUUCACCCGCGCCAUCCUGUCGCCCAGGAUCAAGGUGGGCCGUGACUUUGUGCAGAAGGCCCAGACGCAGGAGCAGGCCGAGUUUGCUGUGGAGGCCCUGGCUAAGGCCUCCUACGAGAGGAUGUUCCGCUGGCUGGUCAUGCGCAUCAACAAGGCCCUCGACAAGACCAAGCGACAAGGCGCUUCCUUCAUCGGCAUCCUGGACAUCGCCGGAUUUGAGAUCUUUGAGCUGAACUCCUUUGAGCAGCUCUGCAUCAACUACACCAACGAGAAGCUGCAGCAGCUCUUCAACCACACCAUGUUCAUCCUGGAGCAGGAGGAGUACCAGAGGGAGGGCAUCGAGUGGAGCUUCAUCGACUUCGGCCUGGACCUGCAGCCCUGCAUCGACCUCAUCGAGAAACAUGCCAGUCCUCCUGGAAUCCUGGCCCUUUUGGAUGAGGAGUGCUGGUUCCCCAAGGCCACUGACAAAUCCUUUGUGGAGAAGGUGGUUCAGGAACAGGGCUCCCAUCCCAAGUUCCACAAGGCCAAGAGACUCAAAGAUGAUGCUGACUUCUGUAUCAUACACUAUGCCGGGAAGGUGGACUACAAGGCAGAUGAGUGGCUGACUAAGAACAUGGACCCCCUGAACGAUAAUGUGACUACACUUCUUAACCAGUCCUCAGACAAGUUUAUCUCUGAUCUGUGGAGAGAUGUGGAUCGGAUUGUGGGUCUGGACCAGGUGGCCGGGAUGUCCGACUCAAUGCCGGGGGCCUUUAAGACCCGCAGGGGCAUGUUCCGCACCGUGGGGCAGCUGUACAAGGAGCAGCUAACCAAGCUUAUGACCACCCUGAGGAACACCAACCCCAACUUUGUCCGCUGCAUCAUCCCCAACCACGAAAAGAAGGCGGGUAAACUGGACCCCCACCUUGUUCUGGACCAGCUGAGGUGUAACGGAGUUCUGGAGGGGAUCCGCAUCUGCAGACAGGGCUUCCCCAACCGCAUAGUCUUCCAGGAGUUCAGACAGAGGUAUGAGAUCCUCACUCCCAAUGCCAUUCCCAAGGGCUUCAUGGAUGGGAAACAGGCCUGUGCACUAAUGAUCAAAGCCCUGGAACUGGACCCAAACCUCUUCCGAAUCGGCCAGAGCAAAGUGUUCUUCCGGGCCGGAGUCCUGGCCCACCUGGAGGAGGAGAGGGACAUGAAGAUUACUGAUGUCAUCAUCAGUUUCCAGGCCUGGUGCCGGGGCUAUGUUGCCCGCAAAGCCUUUGCCAAGAGGCAGCAGCAGCUGACAGCCAUGAAGGUGAUCCAGAGGAACUGUGCUGCCUACCUUAAGCUCAGGAACUGGCAGUGGUGGAGGCUCUUCACCAAGGUGAAGCCGCUGCUCCAGGUGACUCGGCAGGAGGAGGAGAUGUUGGCCAAGGAUGAGGAGCUGAUCAAGGUCAAGGAGAAACAGCUGCAGGCUGAGCAGCAGCUUAAAGAGUGUGAGAACAAACAACAACAGCUGGGCGCAGAGAAGAUGGCCUUGCAGGAGCAGCUACAGGCGGAGGCAGAGCUCUGUGCGGAGGCGGAGGAGAUGCGCUCCCGCCUGGCUGCUAGGAAGCAGGAGCUGGAGGAGAUUCUGCACGACCUGGAGUCCCGGGUGGAGGAGGAGGAGGAGCGGGUCACUCAGCUGCAGACUGAGAGGAAGAAGAUGCAGCAAAACAUCACGGAGCUGGAGCAGCAGCUGGAUGAGGAGGAGGCUGCCCGGCAGAAGCUGCAGCUGGAGAAGGUGACCACGGAGGCCAAGCUGAAAAAGGUGGAGGAGGAAGUGAUGGUGCUGGAUGAUCAGAACACCAAACUGGGCAAGGAAAAGAAGCUGCUGGAGGAGCGAAUCUCUGAGUUCACCACAAACCUGGCAGAAGAGGAGGAGAAGUCCAAGAGCCUGCAGAAACUGAAGAACAAACAUGAGGCCAUGAUCACAGACCUGGAGGACCGUCUCCGCAAGGAGGAGAAGCUGCGGCAGGGACUGGACAAGAGCCGGCGCAAGCUGGAGGGCGACUCCACUGAUCUGCACGACCAGAUCGCUGAGCUGCAGGCCCAGAUUGCUGAGCUGCGGGCCCAGCUGGCCAAGAAGGAGGAGGAGCUUCUGGCAGCUCUGACCAGGAUGGAGGAGGAGGCAGCGCAGAAGAACAUGGCUCAGAAGAAGAUCCGGGAGCUGGAGGCCCAGCUGUCAGAGCUGCAGGAGGACCUGGAGCUGGAGCGAGCGGCCCGCGGCAAGGCGGAGAAGCACCGCAGGGACCUGGGGGAGGAGCUGGAGGCCCUGAAGACGGAGCUGGAGGACACACUGGACUCCACAGCCGCCCAACAGGAGCUGAGAUCGAAACGUGAGACUGAAGUGACGCAUCUGAAGAAGAACCUGGAGGAGGAGGCCCGAGCCCAUGAGCAGCAGGUGGCUGACAUGCGGCACAAGCACAACCAGGCUUUCGAGGAGCUCAACGACCAGCUGGAGCAGGCCAAGAGGAACAAGGUGUCGGUGGAGAAGGCCAAGCAGGCUCUGGAGAGUGAGCGGAAUGAGCUGACCAUCGAGGUGCAGACGCUGACUCAGGGGAAGAGCGAUUCGGAGAGCCGCAGGAAGAAGGCUGAGGGGCAAGUGCAGGAACUGCAGGUCAAACACGGGGAGAGCGAGCGCCAGAGGCAGGAGCUGGCCGACCGAGUGUCCAAGAUGCAGUCGGAGCUUGACAGCGUGAACGGGCUGCUCAGCGAGGUCGAGGGAAAGUCCAUCAAGGCGUCUAAGGACUGCUCCGCAGUGGAGUCCCAGCUGCAGGAUGUGCAGGAGCUGCUACAGGAGGAGACUAGGCAGAAGCUCUCCCUUUCAACCCAGCUGCGGCUCAUGGAGGAUGAACAAAAUGGCCUGAGGGAACAGCUGGAGGAGGAGGAAGAGAGCAAGAAGAAUGUGGAGAGACAGGUUUCCACUCUUCAGUGUCAGCUGGCAGAGAUGAAGAAGAAGUUGGAACAGGAGGCAAGCUCCUUGGAGGGUGUGGAGGAGAUGAAGAAGAAGACCCAGAGGGAGCUGGAGGACGUUUCCCAGCAACGGGACGAGAAGUGCUCCGCCUACGACAAGCUGGACAAGACCAAGACCCGCCUGCAGCAGGAACUGGAUGAUUUGCUGGUGGACCAGGACCACCUGAGGCAGAUCGUACACAACCUGGAGAGGAAGCAGAAGAAGUUUGACCAGAUGCUGGCUGAGGAGAAGAACAUCUCAGGCCGGUAUGCAGAGGAGCGAGACCGGGCUGAGGCGGAGGCCAGGGAGAAGGAGACACGGGCUCUGGCGCUCACCCGAGAGCUUGAGGCCAUGACGGACUCGAAGGAUGAGCUGGACCGUGCCAAUAAGCUACUGAAAGCCGAAAUGGAGGACCUGGUCUCCUCCAAAGAUGACGUGGGCAAAAGCGUGCACGAGCUGGAGAAGUCCAAGCGAGCGAUGGACCAGCAGCUGGAGGAGAUGCGCACCCAGCUGGAGGAGCUGGAGGACGAGCUGCAGGCCACGGAGGACGCCAAGCUGAGGCUGGAGGUCAACAUGCAGGCCAUGAAGGCCCAGCACGAGAGGGACCUGCUGGGCCGCGACGAGAUGGGCGAGGAGAAGAAGAGACAGCUGAUCAAACAGGUGCGGGAGAUGGAGAUGGAGCUGGAGGAUGAGCGUAAGCAGCGCACUGUGGCUGUCGCCGCCCGCAAGAAGCUGGAACUGGACCUGGCUGAGCUGGAGGCCCAGAUCGACAUGGCGAACAAGAACCGAGACGAUGCCCUGAAACAGCUGAAGAAACUGCAGGCCCAGAUGAAGGACCUCUUGAGGGAGCUGGACGAGUCCCGUCUGUCCCGUGAGGAGACUCUUGCCCAGGCCAAGGAGAACGAGAAGAAAAUCAAAACCAUGGAGGCCGACAUCAUGCAGCUGCAGGAGGACCUGGCUGCAGCAGAGAGGAUGAAGAGGCAAAUUCAGCAGGAGAGGGACGAGCUGCAGGAUGAGAUCACCAGCCAAGUCACCAAGAACUCCCAGUUGGCUGAUGAGAAGAGGAGGCUGGAGGGGCGCAUCGCCCAGCUAGAGGAGGAACUGGAGGAGGAGCAGUGUAACACAGAGCUGGUCAACGACCGUUUGAAGAGGGCCACCAUGCAGUCUGAGCAGAUGACCUCUGAGCUGAGCGCGGAGCGCAGUAACUCCCAGCGCCUGGAGGGGGUGCGCUCGCACCUAGACCGCCAGAAUAAGGAGCUGAAACUGAAACUGCAGGAGCUGGAGGGGACCGUCAAGAGCAAGUACAAGGCCAGCAUUGCCACCCUGGAGGCCAAGAUCCUGCAGCUGGAGGAGCAGCUGGAUGUCGAGACCCGGGAGAGGCAGCAGGCCGCCAAGCUGGUGCGGCGUACAGAGAAGAAGCUGAAGGAGGCCUUCCUGCAGAUCGAUGAUGAGAGGCGCAACACUGAGCAGUACAAAGACCAGGCGGACAAGCUGAACAGCCGGAUGAAGCAGCUGAAGAGGCAGCUGGAGGAGGCGGAGGAGGAGGCCACCCGCGCCAACGCCUACCGCAGGAAGCUGCAGAGAGAGCUGGAGGACGCCACCGAAUCUGCCGAUGCCAUGAACCGGGAGGUCAGCACCCUCAGGAGCAAGCUCAGGCGUGGGGACUUGCCCUUCACCAUGCGACGUACGACGAUUGGCCGUUCUGGAAUGGACAGUGACGAGGAGGCAGAUCUCAAGAGUGAAACCCCUGAGCCCAAACCUGAGUGAUGUGCCUGUCGGGGACUGUCACAAUGCCACUGCGAGUUACAGCAGGGAGCUGUUGCAUAUACUGUCAGUUUUGCUUGCACAACACUUUACCCAUUAAGAUGGUUUACAUACCCAUGCCAAGAUCUUUCUCUGCACAACAGUGUAACACAUUCAUGGUUACAUACACAUGGACAAAUUAAAUGCUGCACAUGACUUCAAUGCAGACAUACACAGUACCUGGUUGGUAUUUUGACAAUCAUUCAGAUUUCCAGAAAGAAUCCAGUGAGAAAUCUGUUCAAAAAGCUGCACAAAGCUUCGCAGAGGAAAUUUAAACAUGAGUAUAAAUAUGUAUUUGCCCGAAUUACUUUUUCUUCUCUUGAACAUGAAUGUGAAUAUUUUUGAAAGGAAACAUUCUGACUAUAUUCUUAUUUCUGGAUCUAUUUUUCUAUCUGAAUUUUGAGAAAUGCAAAAAUAUAUAGGACACAAAGACCAAAGUAGUACUGCCAUAUAAGAGAUUGUAUUUUUAAAUUUAUACUAGUUUGUGAAAAGUAUGAAAGUUUUUAUCUUUCUACCUCUGUUUGCAUUGGGGGGCUUAUGUGCUAAAUGUACUGUAUAAAAUAUAGCUGUUACUACUUCACAUUAUAUACAUUGGGAUUAUUAAAAGGGCUUGGCAUUGGAAACCCACGUUCAAUGGAAUUAGUGCACCUGGAAACACACACUUGCACAUGGUUAGAUGUUCUAUCUCAUGCUAAAUGAAUAAUAUAUAUAGACUCACACGUAAAAGUGCACAUUGAUGGUGGAGCAGAUUUUGCACCAAGCAAUUCUGAGACUGGUUACACGAUGUCUCUAUGGAAGAGCCAAGAUGAAAAGAUUUAUAGAUACUGCAACACAUGAGAAUGUGUGAUGCACACUAUAGCCUAAUACACCACCAUGACUUACACUGUCAAGGUGUUCUGGGACCUGCCUAACAGGGAAAGAUGUACUCAUUGUGUUCAUUGUGUUCAUUGGGCUUAUAGGGUGGUGGGGUAGGGUUAUGUUUUUUUUUUUUUUGGUUUUGUUUUUGUAGUCUCAGCACACCUAUUCUCUGGGCACUGCUUUGCGGAGAGCUUUGAAGUAUUAGACAGACCAGCCAUUGUUGUUGUUUUUUUACUCCCUGUAACUGCAUUGUCAUGACCUUAAUAUCCCUAAGCAUAUUCUUUGAUUCGGUUUAGACAUGGGGCGGGGGUGUUCAUGUCUGUAACGUGUACCAGAUUCGUUUGAAUGGAUGCGCAGCUGAGAGAUUGAACAGUGGAGUGGAAUAGUGGAGGCUAAACCUUCGACCAUCAGCUGUGUUUUUGCCCGUGCUGCUAAAAAGCGAGAGAAACUCAGUUUAAUGUCUCCCAUUUAAAACCAAUAAAUUGUACUGUUCCUUUUAUCUGGAGAUAUGAUGCAUGUAAUGUUGAAUUAUUGUUGCAAUAAAAUUAAAAUUUUUCAACCGUU